AACAAUAAACAGUACGUCUAUUCAAAUUAUUACGAGUACAAUGUAAAUUGUAAAUGAUUCCGAUAGUGUGUUAUACAAGCAUCUUUACAAUUAGAUAUAUGAAGAACGAAGCGUAAUAUAUUAUUAAAGAGACGAAAUGCCACUUCCAGCUGCUUUGGCCGCGCGACUUGCGAAAAGAGGACUCAUUUCUGGAUCAGAGAAACACGAAACGACAAAGAAAGAAGCAAAAAAAAGAGUCCACGAAGAAGUAAUUGCCGAAGACUAUGACAACGCAAAGGAGGAUAUUAGUCAAAUUGAUAUAUCCCAAAAAUUCAUGGGAUACAGCGGUUGCCCCAACAAAUACAAUAUUUACCAUGAUUGCACAAAAAAGUGUAAAGAUCUCUGGGGACUUGGACACGUGCAACCCUCUGACAAAUACUUGAAGAAGCAAAUGCGAUUAAUACAAAAAUAUUCUUUACCAGAGACAUGGAAAGCUGUUUAUGAUCCAGGCUGUGGUCAACAUUAUUAUUGGGAUUGGUCGUCGGAUUUAGUGGCUUGGUUACCACCUAGUCAUCCAAAAUGCCAGAUAUCCCAGCCAGCUUCUCAGUUAAGGGAGGAACUGCAUCUUAAAGCAGCCGAACAGGAUGACAAUUUGUCCAGUGAUGAUAGCGGUAGUGACCAAGAACAAGCAGAAGUGGAUGAACCAGAAGUAAAGAAAGACAGAAAAGUUGAAAACAGAACAAAAUACAAACCAGGAGAUAACAAAAGAAAUCAAAGAUUGGAUAGAUCUGAUAACAAGGACAAAAAAGACCGCACUCUGGAUCCCAUGGAUCCAGCAUCUUACAGUGAUAUUCCACGGGGUAAAUGGUCUGAUGGUCUAGCGAGGCAUAAUGAAGCUAAAACGGGAGCCGACACAACGGCCUCGGGACCACUUUAUCAAAUGAGACCGUAUCCUAGUCCAGGCGCAGUACUUAGGUCGAAUAGAGCCAUUAAAUCCGAAUCAGAAUCGUCUAAUAAACCGAAAGUGUCGUGCCCCGAAAAACCAGAAUAAAAGCUUUCAUUUUCUCUGUA